AUGUCUGGGGCUGACCCUUCCUCUGGAUUUGCAGGAAGUGUGGAGAAUGGAACUUUUCUGGAGCUGUUUCCUACAUCACUAUCCACAUCGGUAGACCCGUCCUCAGGCCACCUGUCCAAUGUCUACAUCUAUGUGUCCAUAUUCCUCAGCCUCCUGGCCUUCAUGCUCCUGCUGUUAAUCAUUGCCCUCCAGAGGCUGAAGAAUAUCAUCUCCUCCAGCUCCUCCUACCCCGAGUACCCAAGUGAUGCUGGCAGCUCUUUCACCAAUUUAGAAGUCUGUAGUAUCUCCUCUCAGAGGUCUACUUUUUCAAACCUCUCAUCGUGA